AUGAUCAUGGUGACAGUGAUGGUGGUGAUGGCUGUUGUUUUCCACGUGUCUAAGGGACCUUUCCUCGAAGAAUUCCUGCAGUGUGUCACCUACGGCUUCUACACAGCGGUGUGGCAGGAACAGCUGUACACGACCUUCAGUCUCGUGUGCAUGUUCAUUCUGCCGUUGUUCAUCCUCACUAUAACGUAUGCGUCGACGUUCAUCACUUUGCAAAAGAGCGAGCGUAUCUUCCGCAACGAAAGGACGACCUUAGGCAACACCUGCCCCGAGUUCAACCGAAGACGACUGCUGAGGAAGGCGAAGAUGAGGGCGCUGAGGAUCUCCGUGGUCAUCGUCCUCGCCUUCAUCAUCUGCUGGACGCCCUACUACAUCUCGAUGGUCAUCUACAUAUUCACGGACCCGACAGAACACCGAUUCAGUAUGAUUGCGUACUAUAGGAAGAUUUCCUUUGCCGAUACCGAGGCAGAAAAAUGCGGUCGCUGA